AUGACGAGCACAGCUGAAACUCAGGCAACUGCACAGAACGCAAGCCAAAACACUGCUCAGCCGACCGCUGACCCCAUUGAUUUCGUGCUUUUGAUAUUCAUUCAUGGUUUCAAGGGUGCGGAAACGACGUUCGGAGAGUUUCCACAACGCCUGCAACACAUCCUCACUGAGAGUAUUGACAAUACUGUCGUCGAGAGCGUCGUCUUCCCUGCCUAUGAGACCAGAGGCGACCUGAACGCAGCAGUUGUUCGCUUCGCGGACUGGCUUACCGACCUCACUGUGAAGCGUGAGGUUGCCAACGGCGGAGCGGGCAAGGCAAAAGUCGUCCUAUGCGGACACAGUAUGGGUGGGCUGCUCGCAGCGGACGCCCUCAUCGAGUUCGUGCGCACCCGCCCAGACAGAGAUGCCCCCUUAUGGCCCAAGAUCGUUGCGUGUAUAGCAUAUGACACACCAUACCUCGGUCUCCAUCCCCACGUCUUCAAAAACAGCGCUACCCAAGCCGCGCAUUACGUCCGCACAGCCAACAAUGUCCUGAGCAGCUUCAGGACCUGGCGCUCGAAGACCCCGUCGGGAGCUGCCGCUGCCGCUGCCGCCGCUACCAUCAACACGAACGUUCCCUCGGGCGCGCGAGCUUCGGAGGAAAAGGUUGACCAAGACCCAAAGUCGCCUACAACUCCCAAGACUCCUACCACCCCCAAGUCAGCCUCCGGAGAUUCUACAGAGGGCGCAACGACCGUGACGUCUCUCUGGCAGAAGUGGGCUGCUCCAGCAGCUGUUGCCAUUGGAGGGGCCGUUCUCGCCGGGACGGCGGGUACCGCGUACUACAAGCGCGAAGAGAUCGGCGUCGGCUACACCUGGAUUUCGGACCAUCUCAGGUACGUCGGGAACCUCUGGAACAAGCAGGAGCUGGAAGGGCGGCUCGACCGGGUAUUUGAUAUCGAGGCACGAAUGAGUGUACUCUUCCACACUUUCUACACAUACUUACCGGAGAGCCCCCCGGCAUACCCCGAACCACGAACGUUUGCCGUCCUCCCUCACCGAAAUGCCCCUAUUGCAACCCAUUUCCAAGCAAACCGCAAUUCGCUCGCCUCAGACGAAAUCCAGGCGCACACGGGCAUGUUCGACAGCAAGACCAACGAUGGGUACUACGAUCUUGGACUCGCGACGGCAAACCUCAUCCGUUCAGCCGUCCAUGUACAUCGCCAGCUUGAGGAUGCGCAGCGUCUGCCGCAAGCCCCUCUACAGCAGCCCUCGGCUGUCAAGGCUGCCGUUCACGAGUCCGUCGCUGCCCGAGAAGCUGAAACCGCCUCUACGUCAGCUAUUGAUCCCACGGUCGUCGCCGACGGCGUGGCUGCGACUGUAGUGACUGCUGCAGCGCCUGCUCCGGCAGCAACUCUCCCAACCCCCGCCAAUGAGGCAGAGGAGGACGAGGAUGACGAGGACGAUUCCGACGAAGAGGAAGAAUCGGACGAGGAUGAUGAACAUGUGCCCGUCAUGGAGAAGCCCCAUGUCAUGGCCGAAAGGACGGAGACCCCCCAGGCCGCUGCACCCAAUGCGGACAAGGAGGGAGACGAGGAGGAAGACGACGACGACGACGACGACGACGACGACGAUGAGGAUGAAGAUGAGGACGACGAUGAGGAGGAAGAAGACGACGAGGAAGAAGAAGAGGAUGAGGACGAGGACGAGGAAGAGGCUGAAGCACAAGCUGCUAAGAAGUGA